GAGCCCGUUCGUUGGCUGCUUUCCUCAGACUCUCCAAGGAGGCAGAGAUGGAAACAGGAUGAACCUGGCGGGGAGUUGCUUCACAGGAAAGUGCCUCUGGGGUGUCGUUACCCACUUGCAUCAAUACCAGAACCGACUAUUUUGGUUGGGAAGGAGGCAGAGAGACUUUCAAUGUUUGUCGAUGCUUGAGGAUUACGGACCCUGGCUGUAACGGUUUGGAUAGCUACCUACUUAUUUCUUUCAUGCCCUCCUCUGCCAUAGCUAACGCAGUUUUUAUUAUCAUUUUAUUACCCAUACACAAAUUCUCUCAAAAAUGUCAAAAUAGGCUUUGGCACCGACGGUGAAGAUGUUUUUGUGGCGUCGUGCUUCGUCUCCGUUGGACGCAGGUGCGCUUAGAUUCACAAACCUGUGGCCGGGCGCUUCUCUGACACUGCCCUACGAUAUUCGGAUAGCCGUUAUUUUUCGUGUUUCGCUGUAUUGCGCAUGCCCCGUGUGACAUCCAGAAUGCUGCCCCGACGCGACUCCGCUUCGUCCUGGCCGCGAUGUAGCAGCAGCAGUAGAGGCAGCAGCAGCGGAAAGUGGAGAGGAGCGGAGGACUGAAUGAGAGAGACAGAGAGGGGAAAAAAACAAACAUGCGUUGGCAAAAGUGGCUUCACCAAAGGAUUUGACUCGAGAUCCUUCGCGAAAUAGACAACAGUGUCACGAAGUGAAGAAUGUCAGGGACACCACAUGCGGAGGCUGAAGGAGUAGUCUCCAAAGUAAAAGUGAAAAAGGAGAUCAAGACCAUCGUGGAGAAUUUGGAAACCAUCCUGGGAGACCUGAAGGAUGUGGCAAAGGAGCUCAAAGAGGUUGUUCACGACAUCGACACCCUGACUGGAGACCUGCAGUUGGAGGAGGACGGACUGACCGACAGCUCGAAGACCGACACGCUCAACUCCAGCUCGAGCUCCACCACUACCACCACAACCGCGUCCAGCCUGGAGAAGAUGAAGCUCUUCCCCGAGGACUGCAUCUUCAAGACGCAGGUGCCCAUGAGUCCGGUACCCAUCCAUCAACCUGGAGUUCUGACGGUGCUCAAGAAGCCACACCCGCCGCUACCACCGCCGAGACACACUACACUGCGAACGGAGGAACACAACAUCAAGAACCUGCCUCAUCCAACUUUGGUCUUAUCAGGGAAUAUAUCUAAGGCUAAUGGGUCUUUGUUGAGGAACGGUGGCGUUUUCCCGCUGAAACCAAAUAAGGAUUUAUUCUCCUCCACUCCGUGCUUCAUUUCAGGAGAGAGCGAAAUGCAGGAAUCUGGUCUGGUUCCUACGCUGCCCAGGCCGAUGCCGCUUCUCCGGCAUGAGAAAAACAAAUGCCCCAAGGCUCCAGGCAGGGAGCACCGGGAGAGAGAGCGGGUCCGUUUCAGCGAGAAGGUCCAGUAUCACGGCUACUGCCCAGACUGUGAUAUGCAGUACGACGUAGACGAUGCAGAACUCCACUUACAGGCCGAGCUGAGCGACUUACGGCUCAGCCCGGUACACUGCUGCUCUUCGUCUCCUCCUCCUCAUCCUCAUCCUCUCCCUCAUCCACUGAUGUUGGAAAAUGGAGGGCUCUCAGUCAGCCACAGUUUCCCUCCAACGACACACACUCCACCACCUUGUGUGCCUCCUCACACACCUUCCGUAAAGCCCCAUAAAACAAUCCUGCGCAAAACAACCACCACCACGGUUUGACCCUGAUAGGUCUCAACUUAAACACUGUUGAAAAAGAUUCCUAGUGUUUUCUACUCGAGCUGAACUUUGGAUUAUCCAAACAAAGAGAGAGGAGAGGGUUUGGAAACAGAAAAAGUGGAUAAAGUGAAAAGGAAUGGCGAGAAGGACAAUGCUGAGAUGGAAAACUGCAAGAUCAGGGAGAAGCGGGCCCAUUGAGAUCCUUGAGCUCUGAGAGGAGUGGAUGCUGGCUUCACACUCUAAUCGACCCGGGUUGAUCAGGGAGGAAGGAGCCCAAACAUCAGCCUGCUGGUGCUUGAAAGUGCUAAUGGCUCUGAACUGACAGAAGACAAUAUCCUCUUCUGAGCAUGAAACAACCUUCAGGCGACAGCUGUACAGGUGGAAAAACAAAACAAAAAAAACGUUACUCUCCAAAACAAGGCAAGGCAAGGAAGCCGGCCGCUGCGAGUGAUGUGUUUGUUCAUAAACCCGUCUAAAUUAGAUCGGAAUGCUGCCCAGACCGAGUUAUCAAAAGUAAUGAGGCGGAUUUGGAUGAAGCCGCACAAGAUAUGGGUUGAAAUGAUGUCAAUCGGUGUUUGAUUGAUGCCAACACAGACUUUUGCUCUGUCAGAUGGAAAUCAAUAGCUCCACUCAACCGAUGGAAUUUGCCUUUUAAGAAUCGUAAUUGUGCACGGAUUGCCCGACAGGCCCGCCUUGCGAGAGAAAAAAAAACAGCGUCUCCGCUGGACUGCAGAAAAGGAGAAAAUAGUAUUCUGUCAGUAUGUGCCAUAUCCCAACCAUGGACUGUUUCUGUUGCGACCAGUGUUUGGAAAUGAAUAUCGAUUUGGCUGCUGGUCUGUGUCCAGUUGUUAACGUCCAUCGUUUCUGUAUUUGCUCAACUGGGGCCAUGCGUCCGUGCAUACUCCAUGGUUAAAAAGCAGAGAGAUUCAGUCCAAUGUGGCAAAUUACAGCUUUAAAAGAUUGUUGAGGAGGUGAUAAUUUGCAUCAAAUUUUAUUUGUGUACAAAUAUACAUAAACAUGUUUGAUAUCUAUAUAUUUCAGCCAUUUUUUUCUACAGAGACUUUUAACAUUUAAAAAGAUUGUAUUUUUGAUAUUACGUUGGACAACAGAGGUUUAUAGACAAAAUAUGACAUUCCCUCAUAUAAUACUUUUUCCAGGAAGGCAGAAGAACAAGAUUGUGUUUGUAGAGAUAAAAGAAACUUUAUUAAAAAAGGUCUGUUUUUUUUCUUUUUGUUUCUUUUUUUAAAAGAAUAUGCGAUAAAGAAGAAAAGUGUCAUAAACCAAAUAAUUGUUGUGCUUUAUCAGAAGGGAAUUUUGGGUGAAUGGAUGAAUGCAUGACUGGCCCUUCACUCUGUCCUGCCAUCACUGUGUUUUCUAUGCAUUUCUACAAAGAGGAUGUCUAAAUGAGUCCAAGGUGCAGCUUGUUCUGCUUGCUACAACAUUUAAGAGAUAUUCUUCAUAUCCUCUCAACUUGUAAAUCAGGUUCAUUUCCCAGUUUUUAAAAUAGAAAUCUGAUCAUAUUCUAUUCAGCUUUUGCAGAGGAGUCACUUGUAAUUACAGAAACAUUUUUCACAUUUUGUCACUUUUCUGCCACAAACUGUUGUGUAUUUUAAUGGGGUUUUGUGUGUGACAGACCAACACAAAGUGGUGCAUAAUUUGUCACAUGGAUAUAAAUUAUACACUGUUUUAAGGUUUUUUACUAAUAAAAGCCUGAAAAGUGCCAUGCAUUGGUAUUCAACCCUCUUUAGUUAAUGUCAUAAUAAUAGCAGAGACGUUUUUUGCUCCAAUCACAGCUGCAAGUGUUUGAGGGGUGAGCCUUUGGGUUGGGUAAAGAGCAUCUUCGUAAGAUUCUCAACUGAAUUUAGGUCUGAACUUUGACUGGGCCGCUUUAAUGUGCUUUAACUAUUUGACAGUAGCUCUGGUUGUAUGCUUAGGAACCUCCUGGUUGAACUGUUGUACAUGUUUCACUCAGGAUAGUCUUGUAUUUAGCUCCGUCCACUUCCCAGUCCUGAUAAAAAUACACUUCUCCACAGCAUGAUGCUGCCACCACCCUGUUUCACCAUGGCGAUGCUGUCAUUGUGGGAGAUGUGUUUUUACAUUUAGGCCAGAAUUUCAGCUUUGCUCUCAUCUGACCAGAGCCCAUAUCUGCUGUAUCCCCUGCAUGACUUUUUUUUUUUAAAUCCUAUAAAGGUCAGAUCAUUUUGCAGUGCAUGGCUAGCAGAUGUCCAGUAGCUCUCUCUGCAGCUCCUCCAGAGUCACCAUGGACCGCUAAAUGAGAGAAAGGUAAACUUUUAUUAUUAUUUAAAAUCUUCUAAAGGCAACUGAAAGCACUGGAUUGUAUUUAGGCGUAUUACAAUUAAGAUGAAAUAAAAUCCCAAUGCAAAACGUUAAAGUUUGUGGUUUUAACGUGACAAAAUGUGCAAAGCACACGGCUCAAUUCUCAAAACCAAUUACAGAAUACAAACAAACUCCUCCUCUUUCUUCUCAUUGGACACAGACUGAAUUCACGUCGCAUUAAAAAGAACGUUGUCAGUGGCGUUUUUCGUGUGUUCACAAACUCUUUGAAACUAACUUGUGAGAAGUAAAUAAUACUUUACACUCAAUGUUGGUGUGUGUGUGUGUGUAUACUUUACUCCCCCCUCAAAAAAAUAUUUCACUGUUGACUUUUUCCCCACCGUCUGCAUUCGAUUUUUAGAAAUUGUGCUCUUGUAGACUAAUCUCUUACGAUGUCGUGACUCUGUGAACCGAGUGCCAAAAAGAGGAAAUUAAACUGACUGCAAAGAGCAUUGCACUUAAUCAAAAUCGCUAACAGAAGAAAAAAAAAAUGGCAGCGUGAGCAAAUGGAUCCAAAGAAAAGGAGGGGGGGGAGCGAAAAGUCCAGUAAAUGGCAUCAUCAGCUGCAUCUGUUAGCUGGAGAUUAGCGUGAUGAGAUAGAAGCUGGCGAUGCUAGGGGGCCGUGAACUGUCUGCACAAGAUAUUUCAGCAAACUAAUGGUGUCUUGUCAUGUUCAUAAAGACUAUAUGACACGGGCAGGGUCAUAGAGGACCGCCUGGAGGACGGAGAGGCAGUCCUUCAGACGCGUUCAAACCAGUGAACUGGAAACAACGUUGCUGGAUAAUUUGCAUUGGAGGGAAAAAAAAUAAUUCAUGUUAAACUCCCUGCCUUGGUGCCCUUGAGCAAAUUUAAAAAAAAAAAUCCAAAGAGGAAUGUGUUUGUGCUUGCAGCUGAGUUGCAUUGACUGUUAUUAAUUAAAAAGGAAUCAUUAUUCAGAAGUAUGGUGUAAUUAUGUAUGGAAAUAUGCAAUUUAGUUGGUGUUAUAUAAACUAAGUUUAAGAAGCAUGAAUAGCGGCAUAAUUAAUCCAGUACUGAUGUCUAGAACUAGAAUGGUACUUAGUUAUUAAAACACCAACAAUUCUUGACUUUCACACAAGAGGACACAAUUAUUGUCAUUCAAACAUCCUAACUUUACUCCGGAUCCUUACAAGAUUUUAUUUUGAACACAGAAGCGAAAAUUAUUCCACAAAAAAUAAAAGCCACCUGGGCCAAAAUUUUACUUCUGAUACUGAUGGUUGUGUAUCUUUUAUUUUCCAUGACAAGCUUCAGUCGUUCAUUGUAUUUUUCAAUAAAUCUCCGACACAGCUCCUGUAAAA